GACGCGCACUAUCAUGGAAAACUCGGGACGGGGCGUUCCUUCUUAGUACCUAACACCUGCCUCCCGCCCGCCAUGCUGCCCCGAUAACACGCCAUUCCUUUGACUAUCUUUCUCUUCUCUCUACCCUCUACCCUCUGACAAUGGCCUACUCCGAGCGCCCAACAGCCACCAUCACCGACCCCAACAUCAUGGCUGUCCCCGACACUGCCGCUAGGGACGCCCUCGCCGACCAGGGCAAGGAGGCAUUGAAGGACAUUGUCUUCGGCUCCGUGGCCGGCAUCGCUGGAAAGUUCAUCGAGUAUCCCUUCGACACGGUCAAGGUGCGCCUGCAGUCGCAGCCCGACCACAUUCAAUUGUACCGCGGACCGCUGGAUUGCUUCCAGAAAUCAUGGGCCAAGGACGGUGUCAUGGGCUUGUACAGAGGCAUCAGCGCGCCGCUUUUUGGCGCUGCCAUUGAGAACAGCAGCUUGUUCUUCAGCUACCGCCUCUUCCAAGAUAUGCUGCAGGCCUCUUUCUAUCCCGCCAAGCAGCCUCUGCCGUUUAGCGCCCUCCUGUUUUGCGGUGCUGCCUCUGGUUCCUUUACUUCCUGCCUCCUCACCCCCAUCGAGCUCAUAAAAUGCAAGAUGCAAGUGCCCAUGGAGAUGGCAGACGGCAGGGUGACCAGGCCGGGACCUCUUGCUCUCAUUGCAUCGGUAUACCGCCACCAGGGCAUCGCAGGCUUCUGGCAUGGACAGCUGGGAACGCUGAUCCGUGAAACGGGCGGCGGCGUCGCCUGGUUCGGAGGCUACGAAGGCAUGGGCAUACUCUUCCGCAACAUGCACAAGGACAAGCCGGCCAAUGAGCCGCUGCCAAUCCACCAGCAGAUGACGUGCGGUGCCAUGGCUGGCAUGAGCUACAACUUCUUCUUCUACCCUGCCGAUACGAUCAAGAGCCGCAUGCAGACCGAGGACGUCAGCCUGGGCGGCAAGCGCAGCUUCUGGUCUGUUGGCAAGCUCAUAUGGCAGCAGCAAGGCCUCAAGGGCAUGUACAGGGGCUGCGGUAUCACGGUCUGUAGGAGCGCGCCGAGCUCGGCUUUCAUCUUCACCAUCUACGAGGCGCUGAAGCAGCAGUUCGCCAACGCCACACAUACAGGCACCAGCCACACGCCGGCGGGCACGGGCAAAAAGUGCCAAAGGAACGCAGCGGCGGAGCGCGUGGCGCUCGACCCGCGCUACCAUGAGCUGCUCACGCUGGUCAAGGGCGUGCGCAACGGCAUCGUGUACGGCACGAAGGUGCGGUUUCCGCACGCGCUGGUCAUGAUCUUCCUCUUCCGCUCCGGCACGCUCCGGCAAAAAGCGUCCCUCGUCUUCAAAGCGACGCGCACACACGCACGCAACCUGGGCCUUUUCUGCCUCGUCUACAAAGCCAGCAUGCUAGCGCUACGGCACACGGCACCGCACGGCAAAGAGCGGCACUACGACGCGUUCCUGGCAGGGCUAGCAGGCGGGUACACGGUCUUCGGGCGCGGGAUCCAGAGCUCGGUGAACCAGCAAAUCGUCAUCUACGUGUUUGCGCGCGUGGUGCUCGCGUACGCCAAGCUGCUCGUCCAGCCGCGCGGCGACUUCCACGGCCACGGCCGCGAGCGCGGCGCCCCUGGCGGUGGGGGCGGCGGCGGCUGGGGCGUCGUUUCUGACCCCGUGCUUGCCGCGAAGGUUAAGGAGAAUGCGUGGCCCGUGUUUGCGAGCUUGAGUUGGGCGGCCGUCAUGUAUGUCUUUAGGUGGCAUCCGGAGACGGUGCAGCCCAGUCUGCGCAGCAGCAUGCAUUACAUAUACGAGCAAUCGGACUACUGGGACUCGCUGAAGACGCUGCUAUGGCACAAUAAAUAGAGCCGGGUGGUGGUUAUGGGGGUGAGUUAGUGACGGGAAGUUUCUACGCGAGCCAGGACAAGGCUCCGUUUCGUUGGACGAACUGCAUUAAAAGGCGCGGGGCGUUUUGGGCUACGAGGAGAGAGACACUGAGUACCCGGACAGGACGUUGCGUUUGGAUUGAAUUGCUUGGGUUUCGUUAUAGUUAGUUAUCCGGAGCUUCAGGGCACGCGCGUAGCAGCAGCGCCUGAACCACCUAAUUACUAUCGCUUAUCGUGCUUUGCUUCUGUUGUUUGCCGUGGUUAUGCAGGGCGCGCCGUGCCGUGCCGUGCCGUGCCG